GAAUUUUGCAUUAAACGCUGUGAGCAAAUGUGUUUCACUGCGAAUAUGUCAAAGGUCGGCCAUGAAGUGCGCGAAACAAGAAAAUCAAAUGACUUUAAUAAUACUAUAUGAAAGCAACAUCAAGACGUUAAAUUGCACAUCAGUUGUAAUUAAGUUUAGUAGUUAGAAACAAAAGAAAUCUAUAAACGAAUAUAAUAUACAUAUAAAUAGUGAAAGAAAGUGCGACAGAGGAGGCCCCAACAACAAUAACAAAACAAACAAAAAAUUAUAUAUAUAUAUUCAGGGGUCCCCGGCAACCCCCCCGAAAACGGAACUUGAACUCGAGCUCGAAACCGAAUUCCAGUUCCAGUUGCAGUUCCCCGAUUUCCACCUUUUGACAACGGCCACGCGCAGAGAGCAGCAUCAAAAUUAAGCCAAUAGACGACCAAACCUAGAAAAAACGCAGCGUCGCGUCUCCAUCGACGCGUAACGGACAUUUCUGUGUGCGCUGCGUUUAAAAAAUCUGAUGGAUGGAAAUGCACAAAAUAUGUUUCACGGAAAUCAUCAAGGAGAUCCCUAUUACCGUUACGAUGCGGCCGCCGCCGCAGCAGCCGCCGCAGCGGCAAAUCCUCGGGCAAUGGGCCCACCGGGAGGUUAUCCGCCGCGCCACAGAGCUCCACAUCCGCUUCAGCAGCAGCCACAAUAUCCAUCGUACCAGCCAACGGCGGAGAAUCUGUACGGGCUGGGGGCCGCCGACCAGCAUGCGGCGAGCAUGGGCGUUGGAGUCGGAAUGGGUGAUCUAAGUGGAUGGGGAGCAGCCCCCUCGGUACCGGGACAGGCAGCAGCGUAUCCGGGAGCCGGCCUGGGGGCAUAUGGACAUCCGCAGGCAGCUCCACCGGCGCAGCAGCAGCGUCAGAGCAAUGCCAGCGCCUACCGCCAACAUAUGCCCGCGUACGGACAGCAGGAGCAGCAGAAACUGGCUCCGUACGGAGCCCAACAGAGCAUGAUGACGGGCUACGGGAGUCUGGCGCCCCAGCAGCAACAGCAACAACAGCAACCGCCCACGCCACAGCAGCAACAGCAGCAGCAGCAACAACAGCAGCAGCAGCAGAGCCAGCAGCAGGCUCGACUGCCGCAGCACUAUCCGCAGGUCCCUGGUCAGCAUCCGCUCUAUCCCGGCGUGGGAGUGGGCGUGAGUGGCGCACCAACUAGUGCCCUUCAAGCGGGACAACCGGCCGCACCGCAGGCCUACGCCCACAGUCCAUACGGCAGUCCGAUGCAGCAUCAGCCGGGACGGGGUGCUCCACAGCAUGUGGGCUACGGACAUGCGGGACUCGAUCAGGCCUCGGCCUAUGGCCAGCAUGUGCCGAGCGCAGCGCCACCGGGCCACCAUUUGACCGCGCAGCAGCAGCAGGCAGCGCAACAAUUGGGGGCCCACCAGCAGCAGCAGCUCCAAUCGCAGCAGCAGCAGGCGCAACAACAGCAGCAGCCGAAUCAUGUGGGUCUGAUGCAGCAGCAGCAACAGAUCCCAGGAGCCGGUCUGCCGCCGCCACACAUGGGAAUGCCGCCCAGCUAUGGGAGUCACCACCAGCAGCAGCAGCAACAGGUGAACCCCCAGCAGCAACAACAGCAGCAGCAGGCUGCGCCUCCGUACAUGUCUUCGAGCAAGCAUCAGCAGGCGGCGGCACAGCUCAACUCCUCGCCUCAGUAUAGGGCGCCGUUCCCGCAACUCUCGCCACAGAUGUCGCCGCGUCCGCCCACCAUGUCACCGCAUCCACAGAUGUCGCCGCGACCCGUGGGCGUGUCGCCAGCGAAGCCACCGCCACAGAGCAGUCAGGGACAACAGCAGCAGCAACAGGUGAACGCCCAGCAGCAGCAGGUGAACACACAGCCCAGCCAGCACAGCAUACAGGGAAUGGUCGGUCUGCCAUCGCCCAGGCCGCAGCCACCGGUCGGUGGGAGCACGGGAGCCAGUUCCAAGGUGCCGCCCAGCGUGGGCGUAGGAGUGGGCGUGCCGCCCAGUGUCGGAGUGGUCCCUGCACCAGUGAACACUCUCCAGGCACUCGAACAAAUGGUGAUGCCCACCCAGGCGCAUGGCCUGCCACCGAUGGACUAUCCUUCGGCGUACAGGAGUGCCGUUGUGGGUCCCAGGAUGCCGGCUUCGCCGUCACCACAGCAGCAGCAGCAUCACCAGCAAUGGGGUGGCCCCCAGCAUAUGGCGGCCAUGCAGCAGCAGCAGCAACAGCAGGUACAACAGCAGCAGCAGCAGCAACAGCAGGCACCACCACCCGCUGCGCAGCAGCAACAGCAGCAGGCGGCAGCGGCGGCGGCAAUGUUGCAGGCAGCCCAGCAGCAGCAUCACCAGCAACAAUUGAGCAUGUAUGGUCAGGCAAUGGGCCAGCAGCAACCACAGCCAACGCAGCAGCAACAAGUGGUUGUGCCACCUGUGGCGGCCCAGCCGCAACCGCCAGUGGCAACAACACAACAACAGCAGCAACAACAACAGCAACAGCAAUCGCUCAAUGACCAACUGCAGCAUUCCAUCAACGAUAUAGUGGGAGGAGGCGGUGGCAGCUCUGGAGGAAGCAGCAGCAGCAACCAACAGCAGCAACAGCCCCAAAUCUCGGCCAUGUCCUCGCCUUUGCACCAGCAAAGCCUACCCAGUAUGCAUCAUUUGAUGCAACAGCCGAAUAUGGAGGCAGCUGCAGCAGGACCUCCGCAACCAACAUUGACAUCGCCGCAUCACCAGUUGCAACAUCAAUCGCCCAUACACCAACAGUCGCCACAUCACCAACAGCAGCAGCAGCAGCAUCUGCCGACUUACGGUCAAUCGCAGGUGCAGGUGCAGGCGCAGGCGCAGCAGCAACAGCAACAGUUUGAUCCGUUUGCCAAUAUAUUGGGUGAUGCCAGUAGUCAGGCGGCGGCGUCGACCUCGGUAGUACAGCCACAGGCGCAGGCACAGGCUCAGGCUCAGGCACAGCAGCAGAUAAUGUCGCCGGCACAUGUGAGCUCCCCAAUACCACAACAGAUGCAACAGCACCAGCAACAAACACCACAACAGCAACAGCAGACGCCCCAGCAAGUACAAGUCCAACACCAGCAGGCACCCACGACACCAUCUCAUCAUUUGAGCAGCAUACUGAAUGAGACUGCAAACUCGAAUGAUUCCUCAACGUUGGCUGUGGCCGCGAACGACAGCAACAACAGCAGCAGCAACAGCAGCACCAACAGCAUCGUGAACAAUCAGCCAACGUCCGUGCACGACAGCAAUUCGCAGAGCAGCAUUAACAGCAACAACCAGCAGCAGCUCCUAAUGGACAGAGAUACGAACUCACAUGGCGCGACUUCAGAGCACUCUACACAGCAUGCCGUGGGUGGUGUGGAUGUGGGGGGCCUGUUCGAUCAGAAUUCCAUGUCCUCGUCGAGUGCGGCUGUGGCUGUGGUGGCCUCGAAUGCUGCCUCUGCAGCGGCUGCCCUGCUGGACAGCAAUUCGCAGUCAUCAAACACGGAAUUCGAGAAGAAUCAAAGCGAAAGCGAGGGGGGACUGAGUGGCAGCACAGGCACAGGUGCCGCCUCCGUAACUGAAACGGAACUGCCACAAGAUGAGACGAGCAUGUCCAAGACGCAGGAUAUAGCUUCCAUGGGAGCAGCAUCCACAGAGCUACUGCCAGUGGUGGGGCAAGAUGAUCUCCUCGACAAGACCACAGAGGAGCUCGAACAGACAACAUUGAGCCAGCCCUUGGGAGGAGAUCUCUCGACCUCCCUCUCAGAGGACCCGAAAUCCGGAGAGGAAAUGUCCGAAGAGAAAUCUCAGCCGGCAACAGCUAUGUCCACGGAUAGCGCUACCCCAGCACUGACGGGACCGGUACCCCCGCCUGCCAUUCCUCCGAUGGGUAUGCCAUUGCAUCCUUUGGCUCCGGGCUAUGAUGCAGCGGCGGCGCAGGUUAUGCCCCCAAUGCUGCCACCAUAUGCAGCAGGAGCGGGCAUGUAUCCUCCCUAUCCGAUGCUGCAUCAACAGGAGAUCGCGGCACUGCAACAGCAGAUCCAGGAACUGUAUUGCAUGCCCCCCGGCCACGAGCCGAACCAUCAGGAAAAGCUGAUGCGCCUGCAGGAGCGCUUGAAUCUCCUCCAGCAGCACGAGAUGGCAGAACAGUGUGCGGGUGGGCCACAGUGUGUGCUCUUCCAGAGCAUGCCACCCUACAUGGGAGGAUCAAAUCCUUUGCUCAAUCAGCAGAUGGUCGAGUCUCCCCAAGUGUCAUCGACCACGGGCAGGGGUCGCAAGGGUGCGAAUAAACCAAGGAAACCGCGGGCCAAAAAGGGCGAGAAAGCGGGACAGGCGGGCAGCCAGCAGGAUCUGAUGGAUAUCAGCGGGAAUGUUGUGGUGGCGGCAGCCAACGCUGCCAUUCCCACCACACAGCUGCCAGUGUCCGAGGACUGUGUGACCCAGGGAGCGGGCGACACGAGCGUCGUGGGGAUGGUCGAGUACAGCGAGGGCAUGGGCGAUCUGUCGCAGGACGUGCACUCGGCCAACGAGCUGGACACCUCCACCGAUGGCAGCGGCAAAAAGAAGAAGCCGCGCAAGCCUCGCACCCCCAAGGACCCGAACAAGCCGCCACGCGAUAGGACGGCCAAGGUCAAGAAAACCCGUGAUCCCAUGGACCCCAAUUCCACAGACUCCCCAGGCCCCGGACGCAAACGUGGAAGUGUCGGGAAGCGCCGCAAGCAGUACGGCGAGGAGGGCAUCGAACCGCCAGGAGACGGCAGCGAAGUGGAGGAUAACAAACCGCUGGUCCCCAAGUCUGGAUCUGGCGACGCCGAUGGCGAAGCGGAACCCACGUCUGGAGGCGGAGUUGGGACAGGAGUCGAUGGCGAAUCGCCCGACUAUGAUGACAUUCCCGUGUCGAAGAUCCCACGCAGCGCAAACGAAGACGAAAAGGAUCCUGAGGCGGGAGACGAGACUGUGGAUUCGGUGCCAGAUUCCGCAGGAGAUGCUGCCUCCACGCCCAGUCGCAGGGAUCGCAAGCGAUCCACCGCGAGGAGUCGUCGCAAUGCGAACUCCGAGGAUGGAGGCAGUGCACGACGCAAUCGUGGCUCCCUCUCGGCCAAGGCCCUCAAGAAGCGUAGGAAUCGCGGAAGGAUUGUUCCCGAAUCCGAUGGCGAAGACGAUACCAUGGAUCGCACGCCCCCGCCAUCGCCACCGCCCGACUCGGAGCUGGACUCGAACAAACGCCGCUCUUCGAGGAACACACAACGAAAGAAGUACGUCGAUGAUGUGAUGCUACGAUUCUCCGAUGACGAGAACUCUCUGCUGGUGGCAUCGCCCGUCAAAAAGGACAAGAAAUCAUCGGUCGCGGCAAAUGCCGCCAACUCGAAUGCCGGUAGCGAUGUGGAGAAGGCAGAGCCGCAAUCUGGCGCCGAGGGUGAGGCCGGCAACUCUGCGGGCGAGGGCGAGAAGCCUUCCCUGGCGAUGGACGAGAGCAGCCAACUGGAGGCCAGUUCCAGCACCUCGGCAGCAGCCGCCGCUGCAGCGGAGAAGGAGCGUCAGAGCUCGAGCGAAUCGGCAUCCGCUGCCAUGUCCUCGAAGCCCAAUUACGUGUACAUCAACACGGGAGAUGAGGAUAGCAUGGUGGUGCAAUUGGUGCUGGCCAUGCGCAUGGGCAAACGUGAGCUAAUCCCAGAGGUGCCCAAAGAGAAGACGCCAGAGCCAAAAGUGGAGGACAAAGCGGCAGACAGUGAAGAUUCUAAAGAAAAGGAUAAAGAAACGGAAGAUAAACCCAAAACAGAGGUAGAAACCGAAGCAGAAUCAAAGGAUGCGGAAAGCAAACUUGAGGAAAAGAAACCAAAACCCGAAACGGAGUCCUCUGAAAUGGAAGUCGACGACACCAAAGAGGAACCUCUAGAAAAAGAAGAAACGGAGAAAUCCGAAGAAGAAUCCUCGGAGAAAUCCGAUGAAGAGAAAAUGGAAGUUGAUGAAACGACUGAAACGACAGCUGUCAAAUCACCAGAGGAAACAAAAUCCGAGGCAGAAGAUGAAGAAGCCGCCAAGACUGAUGAAGAAGAGGCCGCCACUGUGGCUCCCGAGGAAGAGGAGAAGGAAUCGGAGACGGAGAAUGAGGAUGAGGCCAAGGAAUCGGAGACCUCGGACAAAAUGGAAGUGGAAGAAAAUGCAGGAGACUCGGCAAAGUCCCCAAAGCCAGCAGCAGCCGCAACAGAAGAGGAAACUGUGGACACCAAGACAAGCGUCAAGAGUCCUUCCUCCCCAAAGCCAGAGGGAACAGAAGAAACAAAGGCUGCCACGGAGAAGGAAAGCGCAGAAAAAGAAUCCGCCGCCGCCCCCAAAGAGGGUGAGGAUACCGAAAAGAAAGAAUCGACCAAUGAAGAUGGGGAUACCAAGGACAAGGAGAACAAACCCGAACCCGUUUACAUCGAUGUUGAGGAAUAUUUUGUGAAAUAUCGCAAUUUCAGUUACCUCCACUGCGAGUGGCGCACCGAGGAGGAGCUCCUCAAGGGCGAUCGCCGUGUGGCCGCCAAGAUACGUCGCUUCCAGCAGAAGCAGUCACAGCAGGUGAACAUCUUCGAGAACAUCGAAGAGGAGCCCUUCAAUCAGGACUUCACCGAAGUCGAUCGCGUACUCGACAUGUCCGUGCAUACGGACGAGAACAGUGGCGAAACCACAAAGCAUUAUCUCGUCAAGUGGAAGUCUCUGCCCUACGAGGACUGCACCUGGGAGCUCGAGGAAGACGUAGACAAUGACAAAAUCGAGCAGUAUCUGCGUUUCAAUAAGACCCCAUUGCGUUGCGAGUGGAAGAGCCGCAAGCGUCCGCCUCCAGAGCAGUGGAAGAAGCUGGAGAAGACGCCCAUCUACAAGGGGGGCAACAGUCUGCGUCCCUACCAGCUGGAGGGUCUCAAUUGGUUAAAGUUCUCCUGGUUCAACACCCACAACUGCAUACUGGCCGAUGAAAUGGGUCUCGGCAAGACCAUACAGAGCUUGACCUUUGUCCAUUCGGUUUAUGAGUUUGGAAUAAGAGGACCUUUUCUGGUCAUAGCCCCCCUUUCGACGAUACCCAAUUGGCAGCGAGAGUUUGAGGGUUGGACGGACAUGAACAUUGUGGUGUAUCACGGUUCGGUGACCAGCAAACAGAUGAUACAGGACUACGAGUUCUACUACAAAACAGACAGCGGAAAGGUGCUGAAGGAACCCAUUAAGUUUAAUGUACUUAUAACCACCUUUGAGAUGAUUGUCACAGACUAUAUGGACCUCAAGCAGUUCAAUUGGCGUCUGUGUGUGAUUGAUGAGGCGCAUCGAUUGAAGAAUCGCAAUUGUAAACUCCUCGAGGGAUUGCGACAGCUGAAUCUCGAGCAUAGGGUCCUACUGUCCGGCACGCCACUCCAGAACAACAUUAGCGAAUUGUUUUCUCUGUUGAAUUUCCUAGAACCCGCGCAGUUCUCCUCUCAGGAGGAGUUCAUGACAGAAUUCGGGAACCUCCGAAAUGAGGAGGAGGUGAACAAACUGCAGGCACUGCUGAAACCCAUGAUGUUGCGGCGUCUCAAAGAUGACGUGGAGAAAUCACUGGCGCCCAAAGAAGAGACCAUCAUCGAGGUGGAGCUCACGAAUAUCCAGAAGAAGUACUAUCGCGGCAUACUCGAACAGAACUUUAGUUUCCUGAAAAAGGGCACCACAUCGGCCAAUAUACCCAAUCUGAUGAACACCAUGAUGGAGCUGCGCAAGUGCUGCAUCCAUCCGUAUCUGCUCAAUGGAGCCGAGGAGCAGAUUCAGUACGAUUUCAAGUCGCAACAUGGCGAAGAUCCCGAAUCCUAUUACAAGAAUUUGAUUCUCUCGGCGGGAAAAAUGGUGUUGAUUGACAAACUCCUGCCCAAACUGAAGGCCAAUGGCCAUCGUGUGCUGAUCUUCAGUCAGAUGGUCCGCUGCUUGGACAUUCUAGAGGAUUAUCUUGUCUACCGGAAGUAUCCCUUUGAGCGGAUCGAUGGACGCAUUCGCGGUAAUCUCCGACAGGAGGCCAUCGAUCGCUACUCGAAGCCCGGCUCCGAUCGCUUUGUCUUUCUGCUCUGCACGAAGGCGGGCGGAUUGGGUAUCAAUCUGACGGCGGCCGAUACGGUGAUCAUCUACGAUUCGGACUGGAAUCCCCAGAAUGAUCUGCAGGCCCAGGCCCGAUGCCAUCGUAUCGGGCAGCGCAAAAUGGUGAAGAUCUAUCGACUGCUCUGCAGGAACACCUACGAGCGGGAGAUGUUCGACAAGGCCUCGAUGAAGCUCGGACUCGACAAGGCCGUCCUCCAGUCGAUGAACACCCAGGGCUCCAAGGAUGGCAACAACAAGCAGUUGUCCAAGAAGGAGAUCGAAGAUCUCCUCAAAAAAGGUGCCUAUGGGGCCGUCAUGGACGACGACAAUGCAGGGGAUAAGUUCUGUGAGGAGGAUAUCGAUUCGAUCCUAAAGCGACGCACUCAGGUCAUUACCAUGGAAUCGGAGAAGGGUUCCACCUUCUCGAAGGCCUCAUUUGCCGCCUCCGGCAAUCGAUCGGACAUCACCAUCGAUGAUCCCGACUUUUGGACCAAAUGGGCCAAGAAAGUGGACAUAGACCCCGAUGCCUGCGAACGCGAUGAAACCGAAGAUCUGGUACUCUCUGAGCCGCGACGGCGCACUCAGAUCAAACGCUAUGGUCAUGAGGAUGUAAUGGAACUCAAUUCCGAGGAUUCGUCGAAUGAAAACAGCGAUGAAGAGGGAGGAAUAGGUCUACGUUCGCGACGCCGCAAGGAGAAGCGCGAUCGCGGCAGGGACAAAAGAGAGAAGGGCCAUGAGGAGUACCUACCACGUGAGCGUGAUGCCUUGGCCGCCUUGGGUUUGGAGGAGAUUCAGUAUGGAAAUUGGGCCAAAUCCGAAUGCUUCAAGGUGGAAAAGGGUCUGCUUUCCUUUGGUUGGGGCCGCUGGUCAGAACUUUUGGAAUUGGGACAAUUCAAGCGCGGCUGGCGCGAUAUUGAUGUUGAGGAUUGUGCCCGCAUAAUCCUCCUCUACUGCCUGCAGGUGUACAAGGGGGACGAGAAGAUCAAGACAUUCAUCUGGGAUCUCAUUACGCCCACGGAGGAUGGAGAGGUGCAGAAAAUCAGCAGGGAUCAUAGUGGCCUACACAAUUUGGUGCCACGAGGUAGGAACGCCAAAGGACGCAAUGGUGGAAAGUCAAAUAAGGAGUCGACUGGCAGCUCAACCCCGGCACCGGGCACUGCCUCGGGGAGCAACAGUGGCAACACGACCCCCGCCCACAAGUCGAGUGCUCUGGAUGGAAGUGGAGACAAGGAUGGACUCGGCGGUGGAGGAGUCAGUGCCAGCGCCGUGGCCGCAGCGGUUGCCACUCCCAUGAGCAUCCAUGAUCCGAAUCACUGGAGCAAGAAGGAGAAGUACGAUGCGGAUGCCUACCUCGAGGGGGCCUAUAAGAAGCAUUUGGGCAGACACGCCAAUAAGGUUCUGCUGCGCGUACGAAUGCUCUACUAUAUACAGCACGAGGUGAUUGGUGAAUUCGUUCAGCAGAUCAAGGAUAACACUCCGAUCAGCAGUACGAAAGCCAAGCAGCAGCUGGCACUCCAUAUGGAAAGCGAGCUCCCCAUUCGCCCGCCGCCAACGCCAGAUCAAGUGCCAUCCUCAUGGUGGAAUCCCAUUUGUUGUGAUAAGAGUCUAUUGGUCGGAACCUACAAGCAUGGCUGUGAAAUGUAUCGUCAAAUGCGCGCCGAUCCCAAUCUGUGCUUUGUCACCCAUGUGGGCGCCGGUGCCGGUGACGAUUUGGCCGUCACGAAUUUGCCGAUAAUCGAAGACGAUGCAAAUUCUAAGCACGAUGACGGCGACGAGGUGGACGAUGAUGGGACAACAACGACCAAAGAUUCGGACUCCACAAAGUUGACCGGUGGCGACAACAAGGACUCGCUCGAUCCGGAGCGUCCCAGUUCGUCGGGCCUGGACGAGGAGGAGAGUGUCGCCGGUAGUUAUCCACCGACAGUGGCCGCUGUCGAGGAUGCCACAACCAUGUGGCCAUCGAUGCAGGAUCUGAACACGCGCCUCCGACGCGUCAUUACCGCUUACCAGCGCAACUACAAGAAGGAAGAGCUCAAGCAGCAGCAGAAAGCCAAGCUACAGGCAUUGGUCUCGUCAACGCCACCGCUAUCGGUUCCCACAACGCCCACCCUUCAGUCCAUGCAAAUGCAAAUGCAGGGCGGUAGUGGCAACACCGGCUCCUCCGUCGGUGGCUCCAAUUCGAGUGGCAUCGGCAGUGGGUCGAACAGCCAGCUGCAACAGCAGCUCGAUCCGAAUGGACGCAGCCUGCAGGCACUGAUGCAAUCGCAGGGCCCCAGCACAUCGGCAGCAGCGGCCGCUGCAGCAGCCGCAGCCGCUGGCGGCUCAGCGGGCGGAUCGGGGCCGACGGGCAGCGGCCAUGGAAUGGGACAGCAGGGCAGCGGAUCGACGGUGCCGGCGAUGCCCACCGCCGCCGAUAUCAGCCUAAUGUUGAGCAUCCUCAACACCACCGAUGUCAGCCAGUUGGCCAAUUUGGAUAUCAAUAAGCUGGCCAUGUACCUCGUCAGCAUGAACAAUAAAAUGGAACGCCAGGGCAAAAUGGAGAUGGCGGCCAAGGAGCGCGAGGCCCAGCGACUGCAGCUCAUUCCCAAGAAAUGGAAUCGCCGCGAGGAGUACGAGUUCCUGCGCGUUCUCACCGGCUACGGUGUGGAUUUGCAUUUGAGCACACCCAUGGGAGGCAGUGGAAGCAGCCUCAGUCCCGAUUGGACAAAAUUCAAACAAAUGGCCCAUCUGGAGCGCAAGAGCGACGAAACGCUGACGGACUACUACAAGGUCUUUGUGGCCAUGUGCAAGCGCCAGGCGGGGCUCAAGCUGAGCGAAUCGGAGCGCGGACUAGAGGGCAUCAUUGAGGAGAUCGAGAAGGAGCAUGCCAAGCUCAUAUUGGACCGACUGGAGCUGCUCGGGAAGCUGCGCGAAGUGUCGCGACAUCCGCAUCUGGAGGAGCGGCUCAAGAUGUGCGCCAUGAAUGCGGACACCCCCGACUGGUGGGAGCCGGGCCGCCACGACAAGGAACUGAUUGCAGCAGUGCUCAAGCACGGACUGUAUCGCUCGGAGACGUUCAUCUUCAAUGAUCCCAACUUUAGCUUCUGCGAGUCGGAGAAGCGUUUCAUCCGGGAGUUGGAGGCACAGAUUCAGCGCACCAUUAAGCUGGAGGCCUUCAAUGCGGAGAAGCUGGCCGCGGCAGAGAAGGCAGCAGCGGCGGUGGCAGCAGCAGCAACGGCUGCAGCGGCAGCAGCAGCAGCAGCGACUGCUGUUAAGAACGAGGUGAUCGACUUGGACGAUGAACUGAUGACCGAUGAGAGUGUAAUCAAAAAGGAGGCAACUCCCGCCACUACGCCCGUCAAAGAUGAGGUCAAGGCGGAGGAGGAGAGCCCCGAGAAGAAGAAGGAAACACCUGAAUCCCCAACGGAAGCCUCUGCAAAGAAGAGCGAAGACUCAGAGGCAGCGUCUGUUGCAGAGGAAACUGAGGAAGAUACGUCCAAAAUCAAGGAUGAAGAUACAGAUACAGUCAAGGCAGAGUCCUCUCCAGAGAAGGAAGUCCUCUCCGCAGACGCAGAGGAAAAGUCCAGCGAAGCGGGGAAGGAUGCAUCUGCUGCAGAAGUCACAGACGAGUCGAAAUCCAGCGAAGACCUAGCGAAAAUGGAAGUGGAUGAGCCGAUAGCCGAAAAUGGAGAGGAGAAAGAAGAGACGACAUCACCAGAAGUUGAGGCAGAGGAUGCAUCCAUAGAGUCCACAUCUGCGGAGGAGAAGGAGAAGAAAUCUAAAGCCAGCGAAGAGGCCAAGGAAAAACCCGAAUCCAUGGAAGAGGAGAUGGAAACGAAAACAUCUAAAAUGGAGACUGAAGAUGUGGCUGCCACAGAGGAGAAGGCGAAAUCUCCUGCCGUGGAAUCAUCCCCAGAGAAGGAGCUCUCCUCCGAAAAGGAAGAAGAAACCUCUGCUGAAGAGCCAACAGAAGACAAAACCGAUAACAAAGACAAGGAAAAUGAAAAUGAGGAGAAGAAGGAGAAGGAGACGCCUGCCGAAGAGGCGGAAGCUUCAGCGGAGAAAACCCCAACACCGGAUGUGGCAGAGGCAGAAAAUACUAACCAAGUCACGCCCAAAAAGGCGACAGAGAAGCCAGCAAGCGAGGAGGAAAUCUUGGAUCUGGUAGCCGCCGGCCCACCCACCGAUCCCGACGACGAUGAGGUGAUGAAGGAGAAGGAGAAGGCCGUCGAGGAGGAGUGCAAGAAGCAGGCCGCCGAACUGAAGGCCCGCUUCCCCGAUCUCGAGGUCAUCCAGCCCGCCACCGUUAAGCAGCAGAAGCUCGAGAAACCGAAGCUGGAGAUGUGCAUGAUUCGUUGGUUCAAGGAUUUCGCAUUGGAGCGCCGCAUCGCCCACAUUGUCACGUGUGUGGAGGCCAACAAGUGGCCGGUGGACAGCAAGUACAGUGCCUUCGCCAGCUGCAAGGGUGCCACCGAUCUGAACAUCGCCCUGCACGAGUCGAUACCCCAUCUGAUGAACAGCGUAGAGCGGCGACGCUCGACCACACCCGAUGUCAUCACCAUCACGACGGAUCAGGGCGUCACGAAGCAUCUGCAGGCAUCGCAAAUGCAGCUGUCAAAUGUGGCUGCCAGCAGCAGCAUCAGCAGCUCCACCGCGGGGGGACAACCCUCUUCGGGGAUUGGAUCAUCCCUGAAGCAGUCGACGGCGCAUACGCACACGCCCACGCUGCCCGGUCUCGAUGCCAAUAGCAUCAAUGCGGCAGUGGCUGCCGCUGUGGCCGCCGCAGCGUCUGGUGGGAAUCCCACGUCGCUGUCAUCCCUGCUGCCAGGCAUGUCCCUGAGCGCAGCCACCGGCUCCUCAGGAGGCUCCAGCAGUGUCGGCGUCGGUGGCGGCUUAAAUGUCCCCAGUGGCAUGUCCUCCAGCGCUGGCAAGAAGCGCAAGCGUCACAUCGCCAUCGACGUGGAGACGGAACGGGCAAAGCUGCACGCCCUGCUCAACAGCUCAACAAUGGCACCAAAAGAUUGGGAGAGUGAAAUAGCCAACAUGGAGGCUUUGACAGGCACUGGCACUGGCUCUGGACGUGGACGAGGCGGAGGAUCCUCCUCGGCUGCCCUGAGUGGCAUGCAACCGCCGCCGGCGCAUCAGCAUACCUCGCUCUCGCGACAGCAAUCGUCCGGGCAAUUCAGCAAGCCCGCUGUGCCGGCAAUGAAGACGCCACCACCAUCCAUGGGGGCACCCAUGGAUCUGUCCUCAAGCAGUCUACCCAAAAUGAACAUGACGGAAAUGCUCAAGUCCGCCUCCAGUGCGGGGGCCAUUGAUCUAAGUGAAGUGCAGGACUUUUCCAUGCCCUCGCGAAAGUCCAGUGUCCAUGCGGCCCUAAGCUCCGCCUUCCCCUCCUCGAUGGGUGGCAGCAAGAGCAAGCUGGAUGAUACGCUCAACAAGUUGAUGAAAAAGAAUAAUUGCACCAUUGAGGAGCCAGUGAUCGGCAAAGAGAAGAAGCGCAAGAAGCUGGAUGAGAUCGUUUUGGGUCUCUCGGCUGCCAAGGAGCAAAAGACCUUCCCGGAUCCAUCGUUGCCAUCCUCGAAGAAGCCCCAGAUUCCGCCGAGCGUCUCGGUGACGCCUGCCAAUAUGCAAUCUUCGUCCAGCCAGCAGCAGCAAUCGAACCAGAAACCCUUCACCAUCACUGUGACCACAGUGCCCGGAAAGUCCAAGGGCGGAUCAUCCGGAGGCGGCGGCGGCGCAAGCUCCUCGGGCAGCAGCGGCGGCGGAGGUUUGAGCGCCCUGCAGAACAUGGCCAUGGGAGGACUGUCGUCGAAGGACAGCCUGAAUGCCUUGCUCGCACAGACAAUGGCCACCGAUCCGCAGACGUUCCUCAAGCAACAGCAGAAGAUGAUGCAAUUCCUGCCCCCUGCCCAGCGCAAGGCCUACGAGAACAUGCUCGCCGAAAUGGAGCAGGCGAUGAAGCUCAGCUCCAAGUACUCCAACUCCCCCCACGACACCAAGGUCAACAAAUGGCUCUCGGACAUGACCAGUCCACUGAGCGAUCAGCUAAGCAUUGACUAUGUCGGCGGUGGUGGUGGCGGCGGCGGUGGCAACAGCAGUGCUGGUGGCUCCUCCAACAGUCGCCGUUCCAAUCGAGGCGGCGGCGGCAGCUCCCAGCAAUCUGCAAGUGCGCAGCAGCAACAGCAGCAGCAACAGCAGCAGCAACAACAGCAGCAGCAGCAACAGCAGUCGAUGGCAGGGCCACAGAACCUCACGGGAGAGGAGCCAGUGCCAGUGAUAAACAAGCAAACGGGCAAGCGUCUGGGCGGCAACAAGGCGCCGCAACUGAAACGACUAAUGCAAUGGCUCACGGACAAUCCCAACUAUGAGGUGGAUCCCAAAUGGCUCGAACAAAUGCAGAAUCCCAUGUCUGCGCCCUCGCCAAAACCCAGCUCCAUGGACAGCUAUGGUUCGCCGGCUGUGAAGUCGCAUGGCGGUCGACCCUCUUCCAAUUCCAGCAACGCCUCUUCGUCGUCCCAUAACCAACAGCAGCAACAGCAGCAGCAGCAACAACAGCAACAGCAGCAGCAGAGUGCCGCUCAAUCGUCGGCUGGAAAUCAAUCGAGCCAAUCGAAGAAGUCGUCGCGUCAACAGUCGGCUGCGGCGGCUGCCUUGGAUCAGGCGGCGUUGCAGUUCAGCUCGCUGGCAGGGCUCAAUCCCAGUCUGUUGGCCAAUCUGCCGGGACUGGGAGGCUUCGAUCCGAAAAAUCCCCUGGCGGCCUUUGACCCCAAGAAUCCGCUGCUGUCGAUGCCCUUCGGGGGCAUGCCUGGAAUGGCGAAUCUGCCCGGAUUGGGCAAUCUGAACAACAUGAAUCUGUUUGCCAGCCUCGCGGGCAUGGGAGGAUUGGGAAAUCUGGCGGGCAUGGACGCCAAUUCGCUGGCUGCGCUCAUGGCUGCUGCUGGGCCAACCCUGGGGGGCCUCACAGGCACCUCGGGCGGGGGUUCCGGCAAGAGUCAGUCGCAGGUCGGCGGUGGCGGAGGCGGCAACUCCUCCUCGUCCAGCAAGAAGAAGCAACAGCAGCAGAGCGAGGCGGCGCAACUGGCGGCCGCGGCAGCAGCCGCUGCAGCAGUAAAUGCUGGCGGUGGUUCAUCCGGCGGCGGAGGAGGAGGACAAGGGGGCAAGAAUUCGGCAGCAUCGCAAGCAUCCCAAUUGGCCGCCGGCUUUCCGUUCCUCUUCCCCAACCCGUCGCUGCUGUACCCGCCCAUGGGGCUGGGUGGCCUCAAUCCGUACUCCCUGGGAUCGAGUGGCCUCGGCUCGGCCUACGACCAGCUGGCCCAGCAGUACAACCUCCUCAACGGAGUGGCGGCCACCUCGUCGGCGGCCAACACCUCCUCGACGCAGUCCAAGUCGCACCAGUCGCAGUCCAAGUCGAGCAACUCGCGCAACUCCUCGGCUGCGGCGAAUGCCGCCGCCUCCAACUCGGCGGCCAAUCUGAUGAAUGCGAUGGCCAGCAUGAGCGGUGGCCAGAAUGUGGCCAGCACCGUGACGACACCGUCCAGCUCCAGUUCGGGACGCGGCAGGCAAUCGAGCAGCCGCAAUGCCCAGGCGACGCCCACCGCGGCGGACAUGGCCCAGUUGAGCAGCCUCCUGAUGCCUGGAGCGGAUCCCCAUCUGCUGGAGUCGCUCAGCCGGAUGAGCAGCAUGGAUCUGGCCCAGGCCACGCGCCUGAUGAGCUCCCUGGGGAUGCCACCGCUACCGACGCCCUCGAGCAGCGGCAGUUCGAGUGCCAGCAGCAAGCGGGCGGCCGCUGCCGCCGCGGCCAACGAAGCCAACGCUGCCAAUGCCGCAGCGCAGGCGGAGAAGAUGGCAGCCAAGGAGCAGCAGAAGUGGUUCGAGAGCCUUGCACGCGGAGCCCUGCCCACGGAUCUGGCCGCACUGCAGGCCUUCUCACAGGGCAAGAUGCCCUCCACGUCCUCAUCCUCGGGAGGGGGCAACUCGUCGUCCAGCAAGAGCUCCAAGUCCGCCUCGAAUGCAGCAGCAGCUGCAGCAGCGGCGGCGGCUGCGGCAGCCGCACAGCUGCCACAGAUUCCGGGAAUGUCAAGCGACUUUUCGCAGGCAUUCCUCGCUGAGAUGGCCGCCCAGGCGAUGGCGGCGGCCGGUGGGUCCCUGCCAUUGAGUGGUCCCGGAUCGUUGGCCUCACUCGCGGGUUUGACUGGAGGAUCCCAGGGCAACAGCUCGUCCGGCGGCAACAGCAACUCCUCUGCAUCGAAGCGGCAGCGGGAGCAGGAUGCCUUCAAGCAACAGAUGGACUACUACACCAAGACCCUGGGUCUGGGAUCGGGGAUAUCGCUGAUACCUACGUCCUCGUCGGGCGGCAGCUCCAGCAGUUCGGCCAAUGCGGCGGCUGCUGCCUAUGCCGCUGCCCUCGACGCGGAGCAGCAACACCAUCAACAACAGCAGCAGCAACAACAACAGCAGCAACAGAAGUCGAAGCGAUCCCGCAGCGAGAUGCAUCACACGAAGGAGGAGCUGGCCAAUGCCGCCGCCGCCUUGGCUGCCGGACUGCCGCUGAAUCUGGGGGCCAGCAUGAGCAGCAUUGAGAAGAGCCUGAGGGCGGGCAGCAGCUCCAGCAGCAGCUCCACGCCAGCUCCCAUGUCCGUGGAGCAGGACAAGGUGACCCUGACGCCCCUAAACUCUGGCGGAGGAGGAUCCUCCUCAUCGAACGCGGCAGCUGCUGGCCUGGCGGCCAAUCUGCCGUCGCAGACUACCAUCACCAUAGCGCCGCCCAUCAGCAGUGGAGCCAGCACAAGCAGCGAGCGCUCCGAACGCUCAGAGUCCCGCAUAUCCCUGACCAUCACGAAUGCGGCGGAUGCCGCCAAGCUACCGCCACCCUACGAGGAGGCCGACGAGCUGAUCAUCCAGCCGAUACUCAAGAAGCCAGCGGCACCCGGAAGCAGUCACGGCGGCAGUAUCGAGGAUCUCGAUGCUGUUGGCAACACAUCGGCGGCCAACCUCAGUGGUUCAUCCUCAUCAUCGGCCGCCGCGGCUGCUGCAGCGGCCGCCGAGGAGAAUCGCCGGUCUUCCAAUCGCCUGAAGCGACCACGCUCUGGCAACGACCAGGCGGCCGCCAUGGAACAGCCGCCCGAGAAGCGGCGCGAACUACGGUCCACCCGGCAUACGCGCCAGUCGGCGGAUGCCGCUACGCUGAACCUGUCGGCGGGCAGCGAAUCGGAGGACCGGAACGAAUGAGUAUUGCGGAGAUCUGAGCGAACGCGCUAGCAGGACGAAAGGGCCCCCGAAAGGGGGGCCACAACUAGACGACAAAACCCCAAGGAGAGGAAGAAGAAAAUAAUAAUCACGAAGAAUAUAAAGAUAAAUGAUAAGAAGAUGGAAAAGCAGAAGCAGACCAGAACCGGAGCAAAAGCCGAAGCCGAAGCUGAAGCUGAAGAGAUAGCCGCCGCCUCGUCCGCUGAUCAAAAAGCUCGAUUGCGUCGCUCGCGCCGAAAAUUGAAUUCUAGGCUAUCUGUUACCACUAGACCCCUUAAGCUUAAAGUUGUGUAAAGUAUAAGGAAGCAUAUAUAUAUUAUAUAUAGAUCUAGAACGUAGGAGGAAUGAGCAACUGCUGUUGCAGUCGGAGGAAGACUGCUGGAGGAUCACUGCUGCUGCAACCACUGGCUCUGCCCGGCAGUCGCGGACACUGCUGCAACCCCGCCCGCACUGAUGGCCAGAGCCAGAGCCUCAAAUAAAUGGAAUGGUGGCUGAUUUGCCAUGCGAUUCGCGGAUGUGCAAAGGGUUCCGCCGAUGAAGUGCUCCAACUGCUGCAAAAAUUGGAGCACCAAGCGGUGCUGGGAUCAUUACGUACGCGCCACGCAACAGAACAGCCACAGCCACAUUCCCAUUCACAUCUGAUUGAUUCCCCCGGCAGCAUAUGCGUAAAUAUCCAUAAAGUUACGAGUAUAUUAAAAAGCGCUUAUAAUUUAAUUGUAACGAGAAGCAGAGUGCUGCCGCAUGCUGCAUAAAGAUUAUCCGUUAUCCGUAAAUUAUUGCAACAAACACACGUAGCCGAUAAGCAGAGAAAGCAAAGCGAAAGCUGAAGCUGAAGUAAUGUUUAGAUCUUAGACCAGCGAUGCAGAUCAUAUCGAUCCACACACAACAAACACAUAAUAUGUAUGUAUAUCCAUAGAUCUAUACAGACUCCACACUUGGGUUUCUCGCAUUGCUGCGCUGUCCUCACACACAUGAAAGUUUAUACUAUAUAAUGAUGAUGAUAAUGAUGAUACCUGUAAAUAAUUUAUGAACCAAUCCCCCUAUGAAAUGGCUCUCGCAUUGCUUAACGUUUUUAAGAUUGUAAGACAGACACCGUGUAUUCUCAAACUGAAUCAUUUUCCAUAAUUCUUAACCCCCCCGCCCCAUAACUAUGUUGUAUUGUACCGCCCGCCCUCUCUGUACCGUCGUAUCUUUUGUCUCUUGUCCUGCGUGUAAUUUGUAUAAUUAUUAUUUUAAUUCGUGUAAUUAGUGAAAGGAAUCCAUGCCUAGAUUUUAAUUUUAUAUUUGUAAUUUGUAUGUUUUUUAUCGCAAUUUUGUGUGUCGUGUGUCUCCAAAAAGAUCCGACGCGAUCCCGAUCAUCCGAUCAGGCGCGUAACUAAAAACAAAAAGAUAUGAAAGAAGAAAGAAACUAGCAUGAACAAUGUUUAUUGAAAGAAAAAUAGAACUUUUUAAUUAAA